AUGACAGUUCAGAUACAUAAGAUAUGUGGCACCGCAUUCAGUGUUGCCAAGACUCCAUAUCAUAGAGAGUUUUACUUCUAUGACAAGCUGUUGGACCAGGUUUACGAGCGAGAAAACGGAUCCAUAAAUGACAAGCCAUACAUCACUCUUGAAGCUCGUGCAUUGCUCACCGAUAUGAUCAGAGAUACUGCUAGUCGACUACUCCGCCACGCACAAUGCCUGAUGCUCAGUACUGAGCAACUACAGGAACAUCCAGGAAGAGGCAUCCGAUGUAUACAUCUGAGAAACAGCCUGAGGACUCUGUUCUUUGGGGAGCUGGCACAACAGGCUGCCCGACAUGGAAGAGAGGCACUAGAAAGACAUCGACUUCGCAGUGACCCAAUAUCUACAUUCCCUCUGUGGAUUGUCAGACGAUGGACAAGCGGCGCAGGCCUGGAUGUACUGACCUACAUUACAACCGCCAUCUAUCUGGUUGCCAUCACAGAGUAUGUCUUGAAGGAGAUCUUCACAUCAACAUACGACCUCUUCAGAGGAAUGGACAUAAAGUCAAGCAUAAUACCAGCCCUGAUCAAGUGCGAUGAAGAACUGGCCGAGUCAAUUCCGUUCUUUGGACUUUCCACUAACCUCAAUCCAGCGGUAGCGACUCCUCCAUCCGAGAGCGAAGAGGAAUCUUUGGAGCCUCUGGAGGAUCUGUCAGAGCUAUGCGAAGAAGAAAGCGAGAAGUUGAGCGAGGCAGAGCAGCGAUACCUGGGCAUGGAUCAGCGAUUUGGCAGACUGCUGUUAAAUCUGUCCGAAGAACAGUUCGAGGGAAUGGUCAGGUUCAUAGGAUUACCACAAGGCACCAGUACCAAAGAGCUGGUAGACCAUCUGGAGCAAAAUGGAUUCAAGACACUGGACGGACAAGACUUUGAGUUGGUGCGCGACAUCAAUGGUGAUGAUAGUCAUGACAAGGAGUACGACAACGAUACUCAGCACCUCAUCCAGUGUUGGUACAACGACAUGUACAAGCAUGAUGGCUACCAUGACGUCUGGUACAUGACUCCAGUACAAGCGUUCAAGACCCUCAAUGUUCGCAUGAAGGAUCUAGACGAAUACAGGAAUAACAAUGAGUACAAAGACCCAACUAUUGUGGACAUCAAAAACAAUAAAUUAAUUAAACAAAUCUUUUAA